AUGAAAAUGACGGAUCCGGAAAAAAACUUCUCUUUUAAACAACCAUUGCAAGAUGAAGCUUUGUCAAAGAAGAUGAUUAGUAAAGAGAAGGAAUCAGAAGUUGAAACUGAAGACUAUGAAGUCAUUGAUGUCAUUGAAAAAUGUUGCGAAUUCGAUAAUCAAAUUAAUUUGAUUAGUGAAGCAUAUCACUUGGCAUGUGGAGGUCCAAUGAAUUUGUUAGAUGAAUUUUCUAAUCUAAUUGAAAUUGAGACUCCUAUGAAAAACAGUGUACUACAUAUUGCAGCUUGGAAUGGUAAUGAUGACAUUGUUUCUCUUCUAAUUGAACGUGCUCCAAAACUUUUGUUCAAAUUUAACAAAAACCGUGAUAGUGUAUUACACGUUGCUGCAAGAAAUGGACACAUCUCAACCAUUAAGAAGCUUUUAAAAGCGUAUGGUGAUAAGUCAAAUACGAAGGAUCUGUUAAAUUUUGUGAAAUUGGAGAAUGAUCAAGGCAACACUAUGUUUCAUGAGGCAAUGUUAUGUCACAAGAGAAAUAUUGAUAGGAUUACUAUUUUCAAUGUUUGCGAACAAUACAAAACUGAAGAUUUGUCUGAGAAGUCAUUGUCAAAUACUUGUUAUGACUAUGCGGUAGAUAUUGUUAAUCAUGAAAAGAAAACAGUACUUUAUCUUGCAGUUGAAAAUGGAAACAAGGAUGAAGUUCAUGUAAUAUUGGAGAAUUGUCGCAAGACUCAUGAUAUGCCAGUGGGGUUAUCACCUUUGAUAGCGGCAUUAUUGAUGCAUAAUCAAGAAAUGUUGAGGAUCAUAAUACGACAUAGGCCAACUUGGAUCCAUACAAGGGACAAACAUAAGAUGCUUCCUCUUCAUUAUGCUGCAUCCAUAGGUUUCCUUGAAGGUGUUGAUUUAUUACUUGGAUUAUGUCAAUGUUGCACCAUUCAAAGGGACGAAGAUGGUUAUUUCCCAAUCCAUCUAGCAUCUUAUGGAGGCCAUGUGGAAGUAGUGAAGAAGUUGUUAGAAUAUUGUCCAGAUCCAACAGAGAUGCUUGACACUUCUCAUGAGCGUAAUAUUGUCCACAUUGCAGCAAUGCAUGGAAAAUAUGAGGUAGUAUGCUACAUAUUACAAAGUGAACUUCCUGAACAUCAAAAGCUGAUUAAUCAAAAGGAUAAGGAAGGAGAUACCCCUUUGCAUUUGGCUGCUAGAUCAUGUUAUCCCACAACUGUAUACUAUUUAGUUAACCAUAACAAAAAAAAGGUGAAUCUUGAUUUGGUUAACAACAACAAUGAAACUGCUCUUGACAUUAUUGAUUCAUUUUACGAGGCUCGAAAAUCAUCUUUUAGACAGCAUCUUACAUCAACUGCACUGGAAUCCGCUGGUGCAAAGAAAGGUCUAAGAAAAGUUAGACUUCAUAUUGAACCUAACACAAGUGAAACUAGUCAUUUAGACCAUGCUGAAGCUAUAGAAAAUCCCAUAAUUGUUUCAACCCUUAUAGUGACCGCAUCUGUAGCAGCAUGUUUGGUUGUUCCAGGUCAAGCAGAUGGAGAAGCCUAUAACUUAAAACUUGCAAUGUUUCACUUUUUCAUCAUCUUCAUCACAAUAUCAUUGUUCAGUUCCAUUAGUGCAACAAUCAUACUCUUUUGGGGAACAGUUGGAUUAAUUGAAUUGCUGAUUCCCACUCUCAAGAUUGUGAUGCCACUUCUUGGAAUCGCUCUCAUUUCGUUAUCUUUGGCUUUCAUGGCUGGUAUCUACACUGUUAUCGGUAAUCUUAGUUGGCUGGCUAAUGUGUUUUUGGUUAUGACCGUGAUAUUUAUUAUCAUUGUCGUUUUUCUAUACAUACUCCUUUUCCUUCCAUCUUCCUUAACGCUAAAGCCUUUGAGAUACCUUUCUCACUAUCCUUUCCUUUUUUUAGCAUCACGUAGUGAGAGUGAUAUUAAUCAAGGUAUUAUGCCUUCGGGGUAG